CGCACCACUCCCAGCCAUUUACUUGACGCGAACAGGAGUUUGCAGACCUCCACUCUGAGCCUUUUUGGGCACUCGAGCUCAGCAUGGCUCGCUACAACCCAUUUUCCUUCACGCCUGCGCCUGUCAUCUUCUUCACAACAAUCACGUACAUAGCUCUGUUUACAGCCCUGCUUUCCGUCCACCUCGGAGUACCUAGCCAUCCCUCCAAGACGCCGGCAGGAAUAGAUCUCACCCAAGCCUGGACUGACCUCGAAAACAUCACGCGACAGUUCCACCCUUACAACAGUCACGCCAACGACCAUGUUCGCAAGUACUUGCUGUCACGCGUCCAGGACAUCGUAGCCGCCAAGAAUCUCAGUAGCCACCAGGUUCAAGUCAUAGAUGACAACGUUUCCAACGCCACCUUUUCGUCUGGUAGCACAAGCGUCUACUUCGAAGGGACCAAUAUCAUUGUCGCCAUUCGCGGCUCGAGAGAUGACGAGCCACUCGACCAGAGCCGUAACCCAGAAAACGGCGGAGUUUUGGUGAAUGCUCACUAUGAUUCUGUCAGCAGUGGCUAUGGCGCAACUGACGACGGGGUGGGAGUCGUCACUAUACUGCAGCUACUUUCGUACUUCACCGAACCCAAGCACUGGCCCAAACAGACAGUUGUGCUUCUUUUGAACAACGGCGAAGAAGACUUCUUAAAUGGAGCCAAAGCCUUCAUGCGUCACAACAUCUCACAAGUUCCACACACCUUCGUGAACCUCGAGGGUGCUGGUGCAGGUGGAAGAGCUACACUAUUUAGAAGUACUGAUACCGAAGUGACACGCUUCUACAGGGCAUCGAGCCAUCCGUUUGGCACAGUCGUCAGUGGGGACGGUUUCAAGAAAGGUCUUAUUCGUAGCGAGACAGAUUACCGAGUCUUUCACUAUGAGCUGGGACUUCGCGGCCUCGAUAUCGCCUUCAUGGAGCCUCGUGCCCGCUAUCACACAGUUGAGGAUUCGACCCGCGAAACUUCGAUGAACUCUCUUUGGCACAUGCUCUCUGCGGCAGUCGCUUCUACGUCUGGACUGGCUGCCGACACCGGCAAUAGAUUCAACGGCAAUCCUGAGGGACGCAAACUACAUAAUGGUAAAGUCGAUACCGGCGUCGGCAGUGAUGCUGUGUGGUUUGACGUAUUCGGCAAACUAUUCAUCGUGUUCCAGUUGCAUACUAUGUUUGCGUUGUGUGUAACGCUACUUGUUGUUGCGCCUCUCACUCUAAUCUGCCUCACCGUCGGUCUAUCAAAGGCAGACAAAAACUACUUGCUCGCUCGCAAGUCUUACAUCCAUUCCGCAGACGAUGACCAGGCUGUAGAACUUAACGGAUGGCGCGGAUUCUUUCGCUUCCCAAUCGUUUUUGCGAUCGCGACUGCGGCCGUUGUUGGACUGGCCUACCUCGUUGUUCGGCUCAAUCCAUUCAUCGUAUACAGUAGUCCCUUCGCAGUCUGGAGUAUGAUGCUCUCUGCUUGGUUCUCCAUCGCGUGGUUCUUCUCGCGAGGUGCAAGCGCCAUGCGACCAUCCGCCCUUCAACGCAUGUAUGCGCUAAUCUGGCUCUUCGUUGCAUCGUUUGCCUUGCUCGCUUUCGUCACCGUGCUGGCUCAAAAUUUCCAAGUUGCUGCAGGAUAUCCCGUCAUGUUUUACUUCACCGCCGUUUUUGUCGCGCUCGUGCUAUCAUAUCUCGAACUGUUCUUCGCUCCAAAGAAAUCCACUUACGUCGCCCACUUCGAUCAAACAGAUGGCUCAGCAAGUCGACCACUUACUGGGACCACGACCGCUGCACGCUCGGAAGACCGCCCAGUAUUGGACGACGACGCUACUGAGACAACCUCGCUUCUACGAGGGGAUCGUCAGAGCUUCGCAAGACAUAGUGGGAGGCGAGGAUCAACGAGCGAAGCAGAUGCCAAUCACGAAGAGGGACCUCGCCAGCUAGACCUUGGACAUCCUUAUCCUGGAGAGCAAAAAUGGAGCGGGAAGAUCCCCAGUUGGCUUUGGUUCAUCCAGUUUCUUCUCUUGGCCCCCAUCAUUAUCGUCAUCGUGGGACAAAUCGCGCUGCUGUUGACAUCUGCAUUAUACCAGACGCCCGCAGACGGUAACUCGACUCUGUAUAUCUAUAUUGCUUUCGCGAUUCUUGCCACGCUACUCCUUGCUCCUACAGGCCCCUUCAUCCACCGAUUCACCUAUCACGUGCCUACGUUUUUGUUUUUGGUCUGCGUCGCGACUGUCAUUUACAAUCUCGUGGCGUUUCCCUUUAGCAGGGAACACCGCCUGAAAGUGUAUUUCCUGCAACAAGUCGACUGCGAAUCCGGAGUCAACACGGUAUCCCUGACUGGAUUAGAUGGCUACGUCCAGCGCGUCAUCGGGGAUCUUCCCAGCGCCCAGGGCCAGCAUAUCAACUGCACAGCGCCUGACGUCGCAACGCGUAAAGAACUAAGAAAAUGCGCCUGGGAAGGUCUUCCAGCCAAAGUAGUACCUAAAGUAACACCGUUCAGCAACAGGACUUACAGCGAUAGUUGGCUUGAUUAUUCCAUUUCCAAAAGCAACACAACGAACAAAGCCACAAUCAGCGUCAUUGGUCAGAAUACACGAGCAUGUCGCAUUCUUUUUGACACGCCAAUUUUUGAUCUGGCGGUCACUGGUGGCGUUUCAGAUCCUCGUUUUAGCCCGACGGGCGAAACUGGGUCGCACGAGGUACGUCUCUGGCACCGGGAGUGGUCUCAGCCUUGGAAUGUUAGCGUGACCUGGAAUGUCGAUUACGCUUCGAAACUUUCUGGAAAGAUUGUUUGUCUUUGGUCGGAUGCCAACGGUGGUGGCAUCCCUGCAUUUGAUGAGGUCCGUCAUUACUUACCCUUGUGGGCGGUCCCGACAAAGAUAGGUGACGGGCUCGUGGAAGGGUUUAAACAUUUCGAAAUUUGAGUCUGCUGGCCUCUUGCUUGUUCAAGCCACCAGCUUCCCUGCUAACUCAUUUGCGUGUGCUGCGAUAUCCCUCUCGCAUGCAUACCAUCAUGGCGUCAGAUCAUCUGCUUUUCUAUGCAUGAAUUCGUUAUUAAUGCAUCAAUCUCCUUUUCUCGAAGGUGUACAGUUCAGUUUGUUCUGCCCCUUGUCUGUUCCGGUUCUUUCUGGGCGCCUUUGUUACUAGUAUUUGAACUUUACACAUCUCUGUAGCACUGCGAGCGAAUGCAUACCCAUACUUUAAUGGCAACGAACAUCAGCACUUACCUUCUAUUUCGCGAGCCCAUGUUCGAACGAUCCUUCGAUGCAAGCGGCAGCUGAGUCGAACUACACUCAUUCGAAC